AUGAAGCGCUGGAUCAAUCUUAAUCGCCUAGUGUUGGUGUUGGUCCUUUAUGGGCCGCUCAUCUGGGCUGCAGCCGACACCAACAUCAAGCCUAUCUUCCUCUUCAAAGACGUCCUGCAGUCAAACACAACAGCCCUCAAGACAUCUGGAUUCAACAGCCUGGUCAUCUUCCGGAUCGGCGUCCUCGCAGACGGCGACCUGGUCUACUACUCGACCGGGGAUGCCGGCGAGGCGGUCGACGCCCCGGUCGUGACAAACGGUACCUACGUCGGCGGUGUGGCGCUGGCCGACAAGAUCCGCUCGUUCAAGAUCGGCCCGACGAACAUUGACAGGGUGGAGGUCUCGCUGGUGUCGCACGACGCGACGUUCCAGAACAUCCGCGACCUGGUCAACGCGGACGGCACGGGGCCCGAAACUGUUCUGUACCGGAACUUUGACGUCCUCAAGACGGAGUGGGACCUCGACGCCUUCAACAACGACGACGAGGGGGUCUACGACGUGACAAGCACCGUCGCCUUCGCGCAGCUUCUCGGCGCGCUGGGAUACCAGUACUCCAUCGCGCCUUACACCAACACUGGGUUUUGGGCUGAUGUCAAGGGCCGCGUCGACGCCGACGCGCCGGGCUUGUUCGACCGCGUGUACCUGCAGGUCUACGACGGCGGAGCCGGCAACGACCCGGGGGCAUGGCAGGCGGCGAUCGGUAUCCCGGUCGUCCCGCUCGUGUGGGUGAUCAACGACGCAAAGCCGUCGCAGGGAGUCACGGCGGCGCGGGCCCGGGAGCGGUUUGAGGGCUGGUCGGAGCAGUACGGUGUAGCUGGGGGCGGGUAUUGGAACGACUACGACAUUGAGAAGAUGGGCUCGUCGUACAUGGAGUACGCCGCCGCGCUGACGGACGUUUUUGGAUGA